AUAGGCCACAUUCGCAAGCAGUAUAAAAUCGGCCGCAUGCUCGGUGAAGGAGGAUGUGGUAGUGUUUAUGAAGGGACUCGCUGCAAUGAUGGACUUAAGGUGGCUGUAAAAUGUUCAAAGAAGAUGCCAGACAUGCCAUAUAUCAGAUUGCCUGGUCAUCCCAAACGUCUCCCCAUAGAGAUUGGCCUGAUGCUCAUGGCCAAUAAGGGCCCCAGCGUUCCCCAGAUCAUUGAGCUGCUUGACUGGGAGGACAACACAGACCACUACGUGAUGGUCAUGGAGCGCCCUGUACCUUGCGUGGACUUGUUUAGUUUUGUGGAUCACCAUGGAGGAAGCCUUGACGAGGGGACGGCACGAAAUAUUAUGUGGCAGGUCAUUGAUGCCGCUAAAACUUGCUGUGAGCGUGGCGUCUUCCAUCGUGAUUUAAAAUUGGAGAACCUUCUGGUGAACCAGGACACCAUGGAGGUCAAAUUAAUUGACUUCGGGUGCGGUGCGCUCAUGAAGAAUUCUGCCUUCAAAUCCUUUAGUGGCACAAGACCGUACUGUCCACCCGAGUUCAACAUGAAGGGCAGGUACCACGCAAAGCCGACCACAGUGUGGACACUAGGGUUCAUUCUGUAUGAAAUGCUGUGCGGGGAAUGUCCUACAUCCUACGACCGGCACAUGAUCACUGUGAACCUCUGGACCAGACCUGGCUUGUCAAAAGAAUGCUGCCAGAUGAUUUGUGAUUGUCUGCAGCCUGAUCCACAGAAGAGACUCAGUCUGGAUGAGAUGCAUCUCCAUGACUGGUUUAAGGUCACAGAGUAAGACACAAAGAACAUCAGAAAACAACUCCUGUCACAGC